GACUUUGACUGAAAAGGCGCGGAGUGACUGCGACUCAUCAGUGUGAGAGCAAAGAAUUCAUUUAAAAUAAAAAGCUAGGAAUUGUUAGUUUGACUGUGUAUAUUUGGGGCUGGUUUGCAGAAUGACUCAGUCGGUUGUUAUUCAAGUGGGUCAGUGUGGUAAUCAGGUGGGCUGCAGAUUCUGGGAUCUCGCACUCCGAGAACACGCACACGUCAACAAGAGAGGAAUUUAUGACGAGGCACUGAGCAGCUUCUUCAGGAAUGUUGACCCAAGGAGGAGUGAUGGAGGUGGUGGAGCUCCUGGAAGCAGAAUUACAGCACUGAAAGCACGAGCAGUGUUGAUAGAUAUGGAGGAGGGGGUUCUCUCUCAGGUCCUCUGUGGACCCUUGCAGCAGCUCUUCAGCUCCACUCAGCUCAUCAGUAACUCCUAUGGCUCCGGAAAUAACUGGGCAGUAGGAUAUCAUACAUAUGGUUCUGUGUACCGUGAGCAGAUUGUGGAUCAGAUCCGGCGAGCAGCAGAACACUGUGACUGUCUGCAGUGUUUCUUCCUCAUUCACUCGAUGGGGGGAGGGACUGGGUCAGGCUUGGGGACGCGUGUGUUAAGGUUGCUGGAGGAUGAGUUUCCGGAUGUGUGUCGGAUCGUCACGGCGGUUUAUCCGUCUGCUGAAGAUGAUGUCAUCACCUCGCCAUACAACAGCGUGCUGGCCAUGAGCGAGCUGACUGAGCAUGCUCACUGCGUCCUGCCUAUCGAGAACCAGUCUCUGAUGGACAUUGUCAGUAAGAUCCAGCUGAUGACCCACAGGGGUAAAUUAGGCAGUGUGGUUAAGAAGGACUGUACCAUUAUCUCAGGGAAAGGGGGGGUGUCAAAGUCAGAGAAGCCGUUUGAUGCCAUGAACAACAUCGUGGCGAAUCUGUUACUCAGCAUCACCAGCUCAUCUCGGUUUGAAGGUUCUCUGAAUGUGGAUCUGAGUGAGAUUGCCAUGAACCUGGUCCCUUUUCCACGGUUACACUACCUGGUGUCCAGCCUCACACCCCUCUACACACUCGCUGAUGUACAUGUUCCCACACGCAGACUGGAUCAGAUGUUCAGUGAUGCGUUCAGUAAGGAUCACCAGCUGAUGACCUCUGACCCCAGGCGUGCGAUGUACUUGGCAUGUGCGCUCAUGGUCAGGGGGAACGUCCAGGUGUCUGACCUGCACAGGAACAUCCAAAGACUAGGGCCCACUCUGUCGUUCGUACCGUGGAAUCAGGAAGGCUGGAAGACAGGUGUGUGUUCAGUUCCUCCAGUAGGCCACACCCACGCUCUACUAGCUCUGGCCAAUAACACGUGUGUGCGAGCGUCGUUUACUGAGCUGAGAGAACGCUUCACACGACUGUACCGCAGAAAGGCUCACCUGCAUCACUACGUGUGUGUAGAGGGGAUGGAGGUGUCGGGGUUCACCGAGGCUCUACACUCUCUCUCUGACCUCAUAGAGCAGUACGACACACUGCCCUCGCCCUCAGAGACACUUACCCACAAUGCACCACGCCUCUCCAUCGCCACAUAGGCAUCACUACACUCCAUCAGGACUCCGCCCACCUGGCACUGGUGCAUACAUGUGACUGAUCCUCACGCCCCUCUCCCCCCAGCAGGUGUGACGGUGUUAAAGUAAUGAUUAUUACUGUACAGAUUUAUUUAUAUUUUUAUAGGUGUUUUUCAGGUAAUAAAGCGUUUGAGACGUCA